AUGGGACUGGAACUGAACACAGGACUUGAGGUGCAGCCUCACCAGUGCCAAGUACAGCAGGACUGCCCUGGUGCUGCUGGCCACACUGUUCUUGGUACAAGAUGCCAUUUGCCUUCUUGGUCACCUGGGUGCACGUUGGCUCAUGUCCUGCUGUCAAGCAGAGAAGUGUGUGCUGCAACAAUCCAUUUCACCAUGGAAAGAAACUGUCAGGCAGGGAGCCUGGCUCAUCACUUAGACAGUGUGGAAAUGGCUUGCAGUACAAAUCUUAAACUUUACGCCUCUGGACACUUACAUCAUAAGAAGUUUUAUAUGCCUACAGAGAAAAUAAAGCAGGGAUGAUGGUACUCUGCCAGGAAACAAACUUGUUCCAUAAUAGAAAGAAAUCAAUUCCCAGCUGAAAAUGAGAAAGCAAGGAAGAUUGAAAGAUUUUCAGGUAAAUUUUCAUCCAGCAUCCCUCUACUUCCAGAAAAACCUGAUUUUUUUUGCUCUAACAACAGACAUCUACAGUCAUCUAUGCUAAAAUUGAAAGAACUUAAAAGGAAAGAUGAGGGAACUGACAGAUUCCAUGAGAAUAUCAAAAGAGAUGAGUUAGAUGUGUCAGAGGUUAUGGUUAUAGAACUUGUCAAAGAGGAGAACCAGUUCAUGCCUUCACACAUGGCUGGUGUAGCUAAAACUGAACAGUUUUACAAGUUCUUGCAUUUUCAGGAGGAGUUCAUAGCAAACCGUGAACUAUUACCAAAUGAUUUAAUGGGAACAGCCAGUUUCUUAUUUUCUCUCCUUCUCCCAUUGUACUCAGGCAAGAGAACGGAAGAGGAGGACAGUGAAAUCACAAAAUCCUUGCAGAAGAGGAGCUACUUGGUCAGGAAUGGUGUACAGGUUCUUAUGCAGAAAGCCAGUACUGCUCUGGAAAGAAACAAAUAUUUCAAAUGCUAUCAAGCUUUCUCGGUUUCAGAACAGCUUGAAUCUAUGAGGUGUAAAGUUCUUGAUAAAUGGGAAGAAAUGAACACACUAGAGACUGUGAAGAAAGAAAUAGUGGUUUAUGCUGUGAUGGUGCAUAUAAUGGCAAUCACUCCUAAAAAAUAUACAGGCAAAAAAAUAAUGAAUUCUAAACACGUCCUAAUAAGCGUGUCUGAUGCAUUUUCUUUUGCUGGAAUGUUAACAGAUCCAUUUAACUGCCUUUUCAUGCUCAAACUAGGAGUCAACUCAUCAAACAUAUUUCUCCAAUGCCAAUUAAAAGAAGUUCAAGGAACUAGCACAGAAAUUUUAAAUAAACUGAAAAUCACUCAGGAAAAUCAAAGAAAGAUGUGGGACCUAGUAGGGGGAGUUUUGUUACCUGAAAAGGAAAAAUGGAUUUCUGAGAGUCUAGAAGAAAAUAAGUAA